AUGAUACUGAAAAAUCUAAUGGAAGAAAAGCAGUUGGAUUUUAAUCGGCCACUUUUAUCAGUAAGGCGAUUCUCGUCGACAGCAUCAUCUGAGAAUGAUGGUAAAAAGAAAAUUGAAAAGGCAACAUCGAAACGAACUCGUCUUCCUGCUUACAAAUCAGAGUUUAAAUCGGGUCCAGUGAGUAAUCCCGGAACUGUUCCUUUUGUAUGGGAGAAGAGUCCUGGAAGACCGAAGAAUGAAAGCAAUUUACAAACAAAGGAAGAACCUCUUGUUGCUCCUAAGCUUCCACCGGGGAGGGUUUUAAAAGUCGAACAACAAGAUUUCGAUAAAAGUUCUAAGGGCGCGUCUGUUACUCAGUCCAGAACAGAUAGCACUGUUUCCAACUCUAUCAGUGUUGCAUCAUUGGAUAGUAAAGAGGAAAAUCAUGAUGGACGAAAAGAAGUGGUUCUUGAAAAGAAAAAUUCUGGUUCGGAUAAUGAGGACGAGACCUAUCAAGAUGCUCUUGAAACACUUUCUAGAGCUGAAUCAGUUUUUAUGAACUGCAGUGUGAGUGGCUUGAGUGGAUGCGAUGAUAGAGAAGCUCAACCAUCUGAAAGUUUUUUGGCAGAUCAACAGGCUCGUGAUUUCAUGAUUGGUAGGUUCUUACCUGCGGCAAAGGCAAUGGCUUCUGAAACACCCCAUACUCAAUACGCGUCGAAGAAGCCAUUUGUUAGACAAGAACAACCUAGACUGAUACCUACAGUAGAAAGUGUAGCCAAGUCCCGUCCUUUGGAUCAGAAAUGGAGAAAUAUUUUGCCACAUUAUGCACAAAACACGGGUCAAGAUGUAAGUGAAGAUGAAAGCGAUGAUAAUGAUAAAUAUGAAAGCUAUGCGCCAAAAGUUUGUGGUUUAUUUCCUCGGUUCUGCCUUUUGAAUCCAUUACCAGGAUUAAGGGUGGAGGAUGAUAAGAAUAUAAAUUCUGCAACUCAUGGAGUGCGGGGUAAAUCAAUUGCUUCUAGCAGAAGAACUACAAAAGAGCAUCUCAAAACUGCUAAUUAUUCUGGCUUUACAAAAGAGAACGAUUUUCUGCAUAAUCAGGAAAUAUCUAAGCAUGCCAUUGAUCCACAUCGAAGAGGUGUCGACAAAUCAUCAGGCUCUGACAAAAUUCAAUUUGAAUCAACCUGUGAAAGCGCUGCUGUUGAGAAAACUCUAUAUGUAGAUUCUGUACAUAAGGUUUCUUCUGAAAUGAAGUGUAGAACUGAUUUCAGAGAGGACGAUUUCGAUACUUUAAGAAAAUACACUAGCAUCGAUAAAAAUCUUUUGAUAGGUUCUUCAAAUGAGGAUAACAAACACAUGGUUGCUGUGAAUGAGAAACCAGCAUUACAGCCAAAAGGUUCAGUGUUUCUUGAUUCUUCUCUCCUGGUUUGUUCUGAAAAACCAAGUGAUGAUACGCAAAUGAAGAAAAUGACUAAUCAUUCAAACAAAAUAAACACAGAAAAGCAAGGAAGUAACCUAGAUCACGAUUUUAGUAUGGUAUCAAGGGUAGAAAUGGCCAAACCCAAGAAAAUAGAGUUCAAAAAUGAAGUUCCAAGCAAUAAAACAAGUUCCAAUGGCAUAACUCAGAAUCCUGCUCCAUGGAGAAACUCGAAAUUGGCUAGUGACUCAGAUUUUUGUUUGAAGAUCCAACGGGCUGCAAAAUUGGCUGAUCAAGAUUGUGCUCAUGUUCACGAUUCUAAUGAGAAUCCUAGUAAUUUGACUAGCUUAAAGGUGGUAGGUGGCAGGAAGAAUGGCUCAGAAAACCAGUUUCCUAUGAAGCUAGGCCAGUCAGUGAGAUCAAAUACAAGCUCUUUGAAGAUUCCUCUUGCCCUUCCUUCACCAAAAGGUCCUUCAGAGUCUUGGCUUAAGCGUACUUUACCUACAGCUUCCUCCAAGAGUAUGUCUUCACGGUCUAACCUCGCCGCCAGCAUUCAUACAGCAGCUCAAACUCCCAAUGCAGCAUUACUGGAUCCCAAGUGGGAAACAGUCGUUAAAUCUUCGAAAGCUCAGCACGGGCACCUGCGGUUUGCGGAGGAAUUGGCGCCGAUUCCGGAAGCUUAA